AUGGCUCUGGCCACAUUCAUCUGCUUUGUUGCUUCAAGGUCCCACGAAGCCUACACAGCGCUUGCGGUCAUCGAAGUUGUCAUCACUUUGUUGUUUUUCCUACUGUACUUACUAAAACUAGACAAAAAGAUGAAAUGGCUCUUUUGGCCUCUGGCUGAUAUUUUCAACUCGGUGAUUGCAGCUGUGUUUCUCCUAAUUGUGUGCCUGUUUGCCAUAAUAAUCAAGACAAACUAUGGGACGCUGGUUGGGGGAGUGUUGGGCCUUGUUUUGCUUGUUCUGUGCAUUGUAGAUGCAGUUGUUCUUUUCCGCAAGAUCAGCCUUAGUGGACCCAGAGAAAGGAAUUAUCCUACCAGAUGAGAGCUACCUUGUUAGCUAAAGAGCAAUUUCUCAGUAAGGCAUUUGUGUUACUGCAUUCUUCUAAAGAAUCUGUAUUUUA